AUGUCGGCCCAAACAGUGGAAACCUCCUUCGGAGGCAGCACGCAGAAGACAAGGAGCUUCUUACGUGUGAUCAUCCUACUCCUGAUUGCGGCAGCUGGCGUUGCAAGUCGUCUGUUCUCUGUCAUUCGUUUUGAAUCUAUCAUCCACGAAUUCGACCCGUGGUUCAACUUCCGAGCCACCAAAUAUCUCGUUGCCAAUGGAGUCUACAGCUUCUGGGACUGGUUUGAUGACCGCACUUGGCACCCUCUUGGUCGGGUUACCGGAGGAACUCUCUACCCUGGUCUCAUGGUCACCAGCGGUGCCAUUUACCAUGCUCUCCGAGCCCUUACGAUUCCCGUUGAUAUUCGCAACAUCUGCGUCCUCCUGGCGCCGGCCUUCUCGGGCCUGACGGCUUUCGCAGCGUACCUUCUUACCAACGAGAUGACCACCUCGCCUUCCGCCGGUCUUCUCGCCGCGGCCUUCAUGGGUAUUACCCCCGGUUACAUCUCACGUUCCGUGGCUGGCAGCUACGAUAACGAGGCUAUUGCCAUCUUCCUGCUUGUCUUCACCUUCUUCCUCUGGAUCAAAGCGCUCAAGCUCGGUUCUAUCCUCUGGGCCUCUUUGUGUGCCCUCUUCUAUGGAUACAUGGUUGCCUCGUGGGGUGGCUACGCCUUUAUCACCAACAUGCUGCCCGUGCACGCCCUCGUGCUGGUUGCCACUGGCAGGUACAGCACCAGGCUAUAUGUCUCGUACACGACUUGGUAUGCCCUUGGCACCGUGGCCGCUAUGAACAUUCCAUUCGUCGGUUUCCUGCCCAUCAAAACCAGCGAGCACAUGCCCGCUCUCGGCAUGUUCGGAUUCUUGCAAUUGGUGGCCUUCAUCGACUAUGUCCGUAGCGCACUUCCUGCCCGCCAGUUCCAAAACUUCCUCUACACCAUGGUUGCCCUGACUUUCGGCCUCGGACUCGCCGGCGUCGUUGCCUUGACUCAGCUCGGAUACAUUGCCCCCUGGGGUGGCCGCUUUUACUCUCUCUGGGACACUGGCUAUGCCAAGAUUCACAUCCCCAUCAUCGCGUCCGUUUCAGAGCACCAGCCCACUGCCUGGCCUGCAUUCUUCUUCGACCUGAACAUGAUGAUUUGGCUGUUCCCCGCUGGUAUCUACCUCUGCUUCCAGGAGCUUCGCGACGAGCACAUCUUCCUCGUGCUGUAUGCUGUGCUUGGCAGCUACUUCGCCGGUGUCAUGGUUCGUCUCAUGCUCACUCUGACGCCCUGUGUCUGCGUUGCUGCCGCCAUGGCCGCCUCACAGCUUCUUGACACCUUCCUGACUCGCUGGUCUCCCUCUGCCGAAGCCUACGAAGCUGCCGAGGAUACUGCCGAAGCCGCCCCGAAGAAGUCAAACAAGGGACUCAAGUCUACGAGCAAGCCUUACGUCGGCAUCUACACUCUGUUGUCCAAGAGUCUUGUCGUCGGUGCCAUUGGUGCCUACUUGCUCCUUUUCGUCCUUCACUGCACCUGGGUCACCUCCAACGCUUACUCUUCACCCUCCGUCGUUCUUGCCAGUCGCAUGCCCGACGGUAGCCAGCAUAUCAUUGAUGACUAUCGAGAGGCGUACCAGUGGAUCCGCCAGAACACCAAGGAGGACGCCAAGAUCAUGGCUUGGUGGGACUAUGGCUACCAGAUUGGCGGUAUGGCUGACCGCCCCACUCUCGUGGACAACAACACGUGGAACAACACUCACAUUGCUACUGUUGGUAAGGCUAUGGCCUCUCGCGAGGAGGUCAGCUACCCCAUCAUGCGCCAGCAUGAGGUCGACUACGUUCUUGUCGUAUUUGGCGGUCUCCUCGGCUACUCCGGCGACGACAUCAACAAAUUCCUCUGGAUGGUUCGUAUCGCCGAGGGUAUCUGGCCUGAUGAGGUUCAGGAGCGCAGCUUCUUCACUCCCCGUGGCGAGUACCGUGUCGACGAGGGCGCCACUGACACUAUGAAGAACAGCUUGAUGUACAAGAUGUCCUACUACAACUACCACACGCUCUUCCCUGCUGGCCAGGCACAGGACAGGGUUCGUGGAGUACGUUUGCCCUCGGAAGGUCCUACUCUUGACACGGUCGAGGAGGCAUUCACAAGCGAGAACUGGAUCAUCCGCAUUUACAAGGUCAAGGACCUUGACAACAUUGGCCGUGACCAUGCGGCCGUCAGCGCCUUCAACAAGGGCCAAAAGAAGAAGAAGGCCAUCAAGAAGCGUGGACCCCGCGUUCUGCGAUCGGACUAG